GGGGCGUGUCGGUCACGUGAUCGUAUUGCCCUUAGGGUUAGGGUUGCCCUGACAGCAGAAUCGCCUUCGCGGGUUCAAUCGGGCAAGGCGGCGGCGGGGGUCUCGUCGGGCAUUUCUUGCCUCUUUCCCGGGAAAGGCGAGCGGGGCCUCCGCGUCGGACUCCUUUUGUCCCCGCCGGCCUCAUGGAGCGCUCCGUGGCCAUGACGGACAUGUACGACCAGGCUUUGCUGGGGAUUUUGCAGCAUGUGGGCAACGUCGAGGAAUUCCUGAACAUCCUCUUCGGCUUCCUCUACCGCAAAACCGACUUCUACCGGCUGCUGAUGCAGCCCUCGGACCGGCUGGGCUUCCCGCCCGGCUUGGCCAAGAGGAUGGCCGUUCGGGCAUUCAAAACCUUUGAACAUCUGGCCCGCCAAGAUGAUGAGAAAAGACAGCAAGAAAUUGAGGAGAAGUUGAAGAAAAGAGAGGCGGACAUGGUGGCUGCAGGAGAGAAAACAAAUGUGCCUUCUGCCAUUGAGGAGGUUGAAAUCACCUCGGCAGUGGAGCAGGACUCUGGACUGGAAAGUGGAAAGACUGCAGAUGCAGAGGAACCUGUGAAAGCAGAAGAAACUGUUGAAGCACAAGUUGCUGAUACAACAGCAGAACUGCCAGCAUCUGUUGCUGCCCCUGUAGAAAGUGAACAAACAGAAUUCCCCAGGAAACAGGAACAAUUCCAGGCAAAUUCUGACAGUUAUAAUGGAGCUGUGCGAGAGAACUACACUUGGUCUCAGGACUAUAGCGACCUGGAAAUUAAAGUUCCAGUACCCAAACAUAUUCUGAAAGGCAGACAGGUUUCGGUGGACAUCAACAGUAGUUCAAUCCAUGUGUCAGUGGUGGAGGGAAGUGAACACCAAGUGCUCAUGGAAGGUGCCCUUACCCACAAGAUCAACACAGAGACCUCUGUCUGGAGUUUAGAACCUGGGAAUUGUAUUCUGAUUAACCUCAGCAAAGUAGGUGAAUACUGGUGGAGUGCCGUUUUGGAAGGAGAAGAGCAGAUCGACAUCGAUAAAAUCAACAAGGAGCGCUCCAUGGCCACGGUGGACGAAGAGGAACAUGCAGUGCUGGACAGGCUGUCUUUUGAUUAUCAUCAGAAGCUUCAAGGCAAACCCCAGAGCCAUGAAAUGAAAGUCCACGAGAUGCUGAAGAAGGGCUGGGAUGCCGAAGGCUCUCCAUUCCGAGGGCAGAAGUUUGAUCCUUCCAUGUUCAACAUCUCUCCGGGGAACAUGCAUUUUUGAUAGUGGCAGCAAGUGAGGAGGAGGAGGAGGAGGAGAACAUCGUGGCCUUCAUCCUUGGCACAAACCCGAUGCUACUGCCAGACUCUUGCAUCCGGUGCUAGAAGGGUCUCUUGUUAUCCCUGCUUGUUUCUUUUGGGGGGCUUGUUUGUAAAACGGCAAGGUUGUUAAAAAAAAAAAGGAUUGGCAUGUGUGGGCUUGCUUUUGGGGAGGGGGCAGAGAGGGAAUCGAAGCGGGAACGUGGGUGUAAGUCCUUCCCUUUAGCUCCAGGUUGGUGCUUUUGAUAUUUAUGUGGGGGAAGCCUAGCGAAAGCAGCAUUACGCACUGUGUCACCACGGCAACCAGCAGCUGCUGGUAGCAUUUCCUUGUAUCCUUAAUGGAUUCAUUUGUUGCUUGGGGUGGGGAGUGGGGGGGAAGGAAAAGGAGAGCUUGGUUGAAGGUAUUCCUCCUCCCCUUUUCAGAAAUAGAUGCAGCUGGGUGAAAUGGUGACAACUUCUCGCUGGCUUCCUUGAAACCACCUCCUCUGUCUGUGUGUGUGUGUUUGUUUCUGUGUCUUGUCUCCCCACUCUCCAGCUUUUAGGGAACCCAAAUGCAAGUGUGCUGGGCAGCAACAGUCCCUAGACAAUCUGCAAUCAGUGUCGUUUGAGCGUGAUCUAAAUUGUGGGUUUGGUCCUCGAGAGCCAAGGGGUGGGAGGGGGACAUUGGAGAAUCAGGCAAGUCUGUGGAAAGGAGCCAGUCCGGAAGGCGACACUUGCACCAGCGUUUCUAUGAUGGCCCACGAAGCCUGGCCAGUACGAAAGAGUGGUGGUGGGGGACACACUUCCAGGUUCUUCAUGCUGUGGUUUUGCUUGUGUUUUGUGAUUUAGAGAUCACAGAACCCCAGAAAACUGCAGCUCUUUCCUUCUGUGUCUCUCUCCUCCCCCUCCUCUCCCUCUCCUUUUUCCCUCCCUCCCUCCCUCUCCUUCUCCC